AUGCCGUCCAUGGCUCCUCCUCCGGGCACGCGCUCUGGCCUCUGCGACGAGCCGCGGAUGCUGGUCGACGACUUUGUCCGCGCACGCGGCGGGCACUGCGCCGUGUCCAAGCUACUGAUAUGCAACAAUGGCCUGGCUGCCGUCAAGUGCAUCCGCUCGAUCCGCAUGUGGGCCUACAUGACGUUUGGCGACGAACAGUACAUCCGCCUCGCAGACAUGUACUUUGAGCUGCCCGCGGGCGGGAAUGCAAACAACUUUGCCAACGUCGACUUGAUCGUCGACGUCGCCCAGCGCGCGGGCGUCCACGCAGUGUGGCCCGGCUGGGGGCAUGCGUCCGAGGAUCCUCGUCUGCCGGAGCAGCUUGCGGCGCUCUCGCCGCCCAUCGCAUUCAUGGGCCCGCCCGCAGCGGCGAUGCACGCGCUCGGUGACAAAAUAUCGUCAAUGAUCGUCGCGCAGCACGCGGGACUCCCCUGCCUGCCCUGGAGCGGCUCGGAGGUGUGCGAGACAGAAAUUGGGGCGGACGGGUGCGUGUCCGUGCCGCGCGCCGCGUACGCGCGUGCGUGCCUUCGGGACGCAGAGCACGGCCUGGCGUGCGCACAUGCGAUCGGCUUCCCCGUGAUGCUCAAAGCGAGCGAGGGCGGGGGCGGGAAGGGCAUCCGCAUGUGCCACAGCCCAGAGAGCUUUACGCAGCUCUACGGCGCGGUCCUCGGCGAGGUGCCAGGCUCGCCCGUGUUUCUCAUGAAGCUCGCCGAGGACGCGCGGCACCUCGAGGUCCAGCUGCUCGCCGACCAGCACGGCCAGGUGGUCAGCCUGUAUGGGCGCGACUGCUCCGUGCAGCGCCGCCACCAAAAGAUCAUGGAAGAAGCACCGAUAUGCAUCGCUCCCCCCCACGUGUGCCGCGCGAUGGAGCAGGCAUCCGUACGCCUCGCCGAGCUCGUCGGCUACCAGUCCGUGGGCACAGUCGAAUGGCUCUAUACGCCCGAGACAGAGGCCUACACGUUCCUCGAGCUGAAUCCCCGCCUACAGGUCGAGCACCCCACGACGGAAAUGGUCACGGGAAUCAACAUCCCUGCCGCACAGCUCCAGGUAGCGAUGGGCAUCCCACUGCAGCAAAUCGACAGCGUCUGCGCCCUGUACGGCGUCCCUCGUGGCGCCGGCGUGUGGAGGGCACUGCACAAGGAGGCCCGUGCGCCGCAAGGCCACGUGGUCGCGUGCCGCAUCACCGCCGAGAACCCCGACGAAGGCUUCCAGCCCAACCUCGGCGCGCUGCACGAGCUCCAGCUGCGCUCGGGCCCUGGGACAUGGGGCUACUUUAGCAUCGGUGCGCACGGUGCGCUGCACAAGUAUGCAGACUCGCAAUUUGGCCACGUUUUCGUCCAUGCUAAGGACCGCGACGAGGCGCGCCGCCAGAUGGUCGUCGCGCUCAAGGCGCUGUCGGUCCACGGCGAGUUUCGCACCACAGUCGAGUACCUCGUGACACUGCUCGAAUCGCCUGCAUUUGCACGCAAUGCAGUGACCACCGGCUGGCUCGAUGCUCUGCUCCGCGACAAGGCGCCCCAAAAGCGCGUCGCGCUCCACGUCGCGGUGCUGUGCGGCGCGGCGGUGCGUGCGCAGCUACUUGCGCGCACGUCGCGCGACGAAUUUCGGCUCGCUCUGCGGCGGGGGCAGGCGCCCCCAUGCGGGACGCUGCGCGUGGUGUACGCGAUGGAGUUUGUGUACGACGGCAAGCUCUUCGCCGUCGAGGCACGCCAGUGUGCGCCGCGCGAGUGGGCGCUUUGCAUAAACUCACAGACGGCGCACGUAGAUGUGCGCGAGCUGAGCGACGGGGGUAUGCUUGUGCGCCUGUCGGGGCGCGCACACACCGUGUACUGGAGCGAGGAUGCAGCGCAGCUGCGCCUCUCGAUCAACGGGCAGACGUGCGUCUUUGAAGAGGAGCAGGACCCGUCGCGCAUCUGCUGCUCGACGCCGGGCAAGCUCGUGCGCUUCCUCGUUUGCGAGCACGAGCACGUCGCCGCGGGCACGAGCAUCGCCGAGAUCGAGGUGAUGAAAAUGUACCUGCCGGUCGUCGCCGAGGUGGGCGGCGCCGUGUCUUUUGCGCGCGCCCCGGGCGAGACACUCGCUGCAGGAGACCUCGUCGCAGUGCUCGCCGUAGACGACGCAUCGCUGUUUCGGCGCCCAGCGCCGUUUGCGGGCGCGUGGCCGACCGGAGCGCCGGCAGAGCUCCCCAGCCGCGAGCCGCACCAGCGCCUGGCGCACGCACGCGCGGCGCUAGAGCAUGUGCUUGCCGGCUACCUCGUCAAGGACAUUGACACGGCCGUAGACACGUUUGUCGCGAUGCUGCGCGAGCCCUCCCUGCCGUUCGCGCAGCUGCGCGAGGCACUCGCGCGCGCGCACAGCCGCGUCCCUCUGGCGGUACAACGCGCACUGCACGCCGCGCUCGACGAGGCCUGCGGCGUGUUUCCAGUGCAGGCGCUGCGCCGCACCCUCGACCGGGUCGCGGACGCAGACGCGGCCGCGGCACUCGCGCCCGCGGUGGCGGUCGUCGAAGAGCACCGUUUCGGCCUGGCGUACUACGAGUGUGCCGCGCUCUGUGCGCUCUUUGCGCAGUACGCCGCAGUUGAGGCCGUGUUUGCAGGCGGCCCGGAUGCGGUGCUGCGCCGCCGCGAGGCGGGCGAUUCCGAGGAUGCGAUCCUCGCGCUGCAGCUCUCGCACGAGGGGUGUGCAAGCAAGAAUGCGCUCAUCCUCCAGCUGCUCGAGCCCCACGUCCAGGACGCAGACCUGGUGAGUAACGCGGCGGGUGCGCAGGACAUGGUGCGUGCGCUGCAGAGCCUGUCGGUGCUGCGCGGCGCCGCCGUCGCGCCGGUCGCACUCAAAGCACGCGAGAUUCUCCUCUGCGCGCAGCUCCCCAGCUUUGCGACGCGCCGCGAGCAGAUGGAGCGCACGCUGCGCACGAGCAUCCUCGCGCGCACCGGGCGUGCCUCGACGCCCCAUACGCCGGGCCUCGAGCCGCUGCUGACGCUGAGCGCGACGACGCACCGCACCGUCGACGUGCUGCAGACGUUCUUUGCGCACCCCUCUCCAGGCGUCGCGUACGCGGCGCUCGCGACGUACGUCCUGCGCGCGUACCGCGUCUACGACAUCCUCUCGUUCCGCCCGGCGACGCUGCGCGUGGGGGGGCACGCCUGUGCACUGCUCACCUGGGCGUUCCGCAUGCCGCCCGGCCUGCUCAGCGACCGCACAAAAGAGCGGCAGGCGUCGGUCACGGACCUCGCCGCACACAAGGCACACCGCAGCGUACCGCCGCCGCUGCGCCAAGGCGCCAUGACCUGCUGCGCGAGGUGCGUGCAGCUCGAGGAGCUCGUCUCGCGUGCGCUGCCGUGUCUCGACGCGCCGGCGGACGAGCCCGUGCAUGUGCUGACUGUCGCCGUCGUGGGCGAGCGCCGGCCGCAGUCGGAGCUGCGCCCGGAAAUCGCGCAGGUCAUUGCGCGCCAGGCCCCGGCGCUCGCCCGCGCGGGUGUGUGCCGCGUGACGGUGCUCGUGGGCCGCGAGCGCCUCUACCCGCUGUACAUCACCUGGCGCCGCAGCGGCGAGCACUGGGGGGAGGAACAGGGGAUCCAAAACGUGGAGCCCGCGCUGGCGCACGAGCUCGAGCUGGACCGGAUGCUCGCGCACUUUGACGUGGCGCCGGUACAGCUCAAUUCGUCCACGGUCUACCUCUACCACGCCCGGGGCACACGCAACCGCGCCGACGUGCGCUUCUUUGUGCGCGUGCUCGUGCGCCCGAUGCCCCCGCCGCGCGACGUGCGCGAGUACGUCCUGGUCGAGAGCGAGCGCGUGCUCGUCGAGAGCCUCGACUGCCUCGAGGUCGCGCUGGGGCAGCACGCGUACUGCGCCGCAGACGGCUCGCACCUCUUUCUCUCGUGGCUCUUUCCCAUUGACCUCGCGCUCAAGGACAUUCUCGGCGUGGUGCGCACGCUCGCCGAGCGCUACACGGAGCGCUUCACACGCCUCCGCGUCGAAGAGGCCGAAAUGCGCAUCAUGCUCUCGGGCGGGGGACAGCCGCGCCGUGUGCACGUCUUUGUCUCGGCCAUGUCCGCGUUCCAGCUGCGGUACGAGGUGUACGACGAGGAGGCCCUGCCGAGCGGCGACACGGUGCUGCGCACCAUCACCGCCCCGUCGUGCUGCCCAGCACGCGGCGGGACGAGCAUCCACACGCCGUACACGAACCGCUCGGCACUCGCGACGCGCCGCGCGUGCGCAGAGCGCCUCGGCACCACGUUUGUGUACGACCUCGUGGAUGCGCUGCGCCACGCCUUGUGCGCGCAGCGCCGCCAGGCGUCCGACACGGACCCCGUCGUGUCUGCCACAGAGCUCGUGCUCGGCGCAGACGGCCUCGCGCCUACCUCGCGCGCGCCGGCGCAAAACACGGUCGGGAUGGUGGUGUGGCACCUUGUGCUCGCUACGGAAGAGUACCCCGCGGGGCGCCCGCUGUACCUCGCUGCCAACGACAUUAGCGUGCAGGCCGGCUCAGUGGGGCCCGCCGAGGCCGCGCUGUUUUCCGCGGCAGCAGCGCGCGCACGCGCCGAAAAAGUGCCUUUUCUCUACGUGUCGGCCAACAGCGGCGCACGCCUCGGGCUCGUGCCCGACGUCCUGGACAAGUUCCGCGCCAAGCUCCGCGACGAUGCGGCGGGCGGCAUCGAGUACCUCUACCUCGACGACGCCGCGCUCGCGGCACUCCGCCCGGGGUGCGUCCGGACACGCGCGGUGCGCGCGCCGGACGGCACGACGCACCACGUCCUCACGGACAUUAUCGGCGCCGCGGAUGCGGGCCUCGGCGUCGAGUCGCUCUCGGGUAGCGGGCGCGCCGCCGGCGAGAUGAGCCGCGCGCGCGAGGCGAUCUUCACCGCGACCAUCGUGACAGGGCGCAGCGUCGGCAUCGGCGCGUACCUCGCGCGCCUAAGCGGCCGCGUGAUCCAGGUCGAGUCCGCGCCGAUGGUCCUCACUGGCUUCCAGGCGCUGAACCAGCUGCUCGGCCGCCAGGUGUACGUGAGCAACAUGCAGCUCGGCGGGCCGCAGGUCAUGGCGCACAACGGCGUGUCGCACCUCGUCGCACGCUCGGACCUGGACGCAAUGCAUGCGUACGUACGCUGGUUGUCCUAUGUGCCCGCGCACGCCGGCGCGCCACUGCCGCGCAGCCCGAGCCUCGACCCGGUGGAGCGCACUGUGGCGUACGUCCCGCCGGCGGCCGCGUACGACCCACGCCUGCUGAUCGUAGGCGACGCGCACGCGCCCGGCCUCUUUGACCGCGGCUCGUUCCAAGAGACGCUGCCCGAGUGGGCCACGAGCGUAGUCGUCGGCCGUGCGCGCCUCGGCGGCAUCCCUUUCGGCGUGAUCGCCGCCGAGACACGCAUGCUCGAGCGCGUGGUGCCGGCGGACCCCGCGAACCCGCAUUCGACCGAGCAGCGCGUCCUCGAGGCUGGCCUCGUGUGGUACCCCAACUCGGCGCUCAAGACGGCGCAGGCCAUCACCGACUUUCAUCGCGAGGGACUCCCGCUGCUCGUGCUCGCCAACUGGCGGGGCUUUAGCGGCGGCCAGCAAGACAUGCGCGACGAAAUGCUCACGCAGGGCAGCAAGAUCGUCGACGCACUCGCGGCCUACACGCGCCCCGUGUUUGUCCACCUCCCGCCCCGUGCAGAGCUGCGCGGGGGCUCCUGGGUCGUGCUCGACUCAGCGGUGAGCGCCAGCGGGCACAUGGAGAUGAGCGCCGACCCCAGCGCACGGGGCGGCGUCCUAGAGGCCGCAGGCCUCGUCGAGAUCAAGUUCCGCACGGAUCGCCAGCGCGCGGUCAUGGAGCGCCUCGACGCAGGCUACGCCGAGCUUGCCGCACGCCAGCGCACCGCCACGGACCGCGACGCGCGUGCCACGGCGGCCGCACGCGCCGCGGAACGCGAACGCGAGCUCGCCCCGCUUUAUCACACAAUCGCACUCGAGUAUGCCGACGCCCACGACCGCGCCGGCCGCAUGCUCGCCACAGGCGUGCUCCGGCGCACGGUCGCCUGGGAGGGCGCACGCGCGUACUUUUACUGGCGCGCCCGCCGCCGCCUCGCCGAGCUCCGUGCACAACAGGCGCUACUGCGCGCGGACACGGCACUCGACGCGGACGCUGCACAGGCGCUCGUGUACGACGCGGCGGGGUACAAGGAGAGCGACUCGGACCAGGCCGCCGUGCACCGGCUCGAUGCCGCGGACGCCGCGAUCCAGACGGCCAUUGCUACUGCACAGGCACGCGCCGUACGUGCGGCGCUCGAUGCGCUCUCGCCGGAAGCGCGCAGGAUGGCCCUUGCAGACAAGUAG